AUGUCCAGGAACAAGGGACCUUCGCCGAAGCAGGACGUCUCGGCGGUGACGGCCGCCGCCCUGCAGGACCACAUCCUCCGGGAACGGCAGCUGCGGGGCCUCUCGGCGGCCCACAGCGCCCCGGCCCGGGCGCCGCCGCGGCAGGAGCGAGCCGCCCUCCGCGCCCUGCGGAGCAACGCCAAGGCCGUGGUGGACACGGGGCUGCGGAGAAGGGCCCGGCCCCCGCCCGCCGCCCUCCCUGGGACAGAGGAAGAGGCCGUGCUGGACCCCCGGCCACCAUCGCUGUCGCUGGCGCAGAAGCUGGGCCUGCUGCCCCCGCCGCCCCCGCCGCUGUCCCCUGCCGGCUGGGAGCGGGUGAAGCAGAGAUCUGUGGCAGAGGGCGACUCGGGGCGGCCGUGCCCCAUCUGCAGAGAGGAGUUCGAGCUAAAGCCACAGGUGCUGCUGUCCUGCUCCCACGUGUUCCACAGGGCGUGCCUCCAGUCUUUCGAGAAGUUCACCAGCAAGAAGAGCUGCCCCCUGUGCCGCAAGAGCCAGUACGAGACACGCCUCAUUCACGACGGGGCUCGGCUCUUCAGGGCCAGGUGCGCGACCAGGGUCCAGGCGUGCUGGCGGGGGCACGUGGUGAGGAGGUGGUACCGGCGCCUGAGGAGCACCGUGCCGCCCUCGGACCCAAAGCUGCGCAGGAAGUUCUUUGAAGACAAGUUCACAGAGAUCAGCCAGCGCCUGCUGUGCUCCUACCGCACGGACGUGGACGCACUGCUCUCGGAGGUGGAGCGCUGCCUGGCCCUCAACCGCGGCGUCCUGCGGCAGCUGGAGGUGGCCAGGGGCCGCGAGCUCUCGGCGCAGGACUGGGAGAAGAUCCAGGCGCAGGCGCUGCAGCGCGAGGGUGCCGACUGUCCCAUCUGCCUCAGCCCGCUGUGGGCGCCGGGGGCCGGCCGCCGGGCCACGGCCCUGCUGUCCUGCUCGCACCUGUUCCACCACGCCUGCCUCCUGGCCCUGGAGGAGUUCUCCCUGGGGGACACGUGCCCCUUCCAUGCUUGUCCCCUCUGCCGCUCCUGUUACCAAAAGAAAGUUCUGGAAUGUUGA